AGAGUGGACAGAAUCGAGAAAACGAAUACUUUAAAAGGCCAUGUAUCAAAACAGGCCCACUACAGAAAAAGAACCCUAGGGACUAAAUACAUAAACUCCAUUAGCACAGCUACUCCUUUUCGCCUCCGUCGCUCAUCCUCAAGUCCCCCUUGUAAUUCAGUGAAAAAGGUUCGAGCUUUAGAGAAUAAUGGCUGCCUUCCCCAACCUUAACUCUGACGCUGGAUUGAAGAAGCUCGACGAGCAUCUUCUCACUCGCAGUUACAUCACUGGGUACCAGGCUUCCAAGGAUGAUAUCACUGUCUUUACUGCUCUUGAUAAGCCACCAACCUCACAGUAUGUGAACGCUUCUCGUUGGUACAACCACAUCGAUGCCCUCUUGAGGAUCUCUGGUGUGUCUGCUGAAGGAAGCGGUGUCAUUGUUGAGGGAUCAGCCCCAGUUGUGGAAGAGGCUGCUGCUACUCCCCCUGCAGCUGAUUCUAAGGAUGCUGCUGAUGAAGAGGAUGAUGAUGAUGUUGACCUUUUCGGAGAGGAGACCGAGGAGGAAAAGAAGGCUGCUGAGGAGAGAGCCGCUUCUGUGAAAGCAUCAACAAAGAAGAAGGAAUCUGGAAAGUCAUCGGUUUUGAUUGAUAUCAAGCCGUGGGAUGAUGAGACUGACAUGAAGAAGCUAGAGGAAGCUGUGAGAUCCAUCCAGAUGGAAGGAUUAUUCUGGGGUGCGUCCAAGCUUGUCCCGGUUGGUUAUGGUAUCAAGAAGCUGCAGAUCAUGUGCACCAUUGUUGACGACCUUGUGUCCGUUGACACCAUGAUUGAAGAGCAGCUCACCGUCGAACCAAUCAAUGAGUUUGUCCAGAGCUGUGACAUUGUUGCUUUCAACAAAAUCUGAGGAUUGCUUUGCUUCAAGGAAGCGCUCGUGCAAUCUGAUUAUUGUUUCCAAGUUUCUUGUGGACUCAUGUUUUUGAUUUUGCUAUGGUUUGCCGUAUCUCCUGUUUAAUUUUGAUAUUUAAUGAAGAAGACAAUUUUUGUUAUUUG